AACAUGAAGAAAAAACAUGAUGGCAUUGUUUAUGAAACUAAAGAAGUUCUCAAUCCAUCUCCCAAAGUAACACAUUGUUGCAAAUCACUGUGGGUAAAAUACAGUUUUCAGAAGGCAUACAUGACCCAACUUGUCAGCUCCCAGCCAGUUCCAGCCAUGUCAAGGAACCCAGAUCAUAAUCUACUUUCUCAGCCCAAGGAGCAUAGCAGUGUUCAGAAGCAUCACCAGGAGGAAAUAAUUCACAAGUUGGCCAUGCAGCUGAGACACAUUGGGGACAACAUUGAUCAUAGGAUGGUUCGAGAGGAUCUUCAACAGGAUGGCAGAGAUGCACUAGAUCAUUUUGUCUUCUUUUUCUUUAGAAGAGUUCAGGUGUUGCUGCAUUUUUUCUGGAACAACCAUUUGCUGUAAAAGGAAAGUAAAGGUCAAGUGGUCAAGUUCUGUUUUCUUUUUACCCUCUGAGAAACAUGAAUCCCACUGGGACAGAUGGGAAGAACACCCUUCUCCGUCUCCCUCUUUUUGUACCCAUCACUGUUGGUCUACACCCAGUUUGUUGAAGAACUGCGGGUUCACGAGCCAUUUGUCUCUUCGGAGGAGCUAGCUAUGAGAUGUCUGCGAUCACGUCAUAGUAAAGCCCAAGGAGUAAUUAGGACCCCAGGAAGCCUUGCUGCCCAGAAAACACCAGCGCUGUGGAUGGUCCCAGGGCUCCUUGUGAGGAAACCUUGAACAUUUCCUUCCAGGAAUGAAAGAGAACCUCGUCCUCAAACUAAAGGCCACAGAAAUGGGCACUACCUCCUGGCCCACUCCCUGGGCACCAUGCCCUCUGGUGACCUGUUGGCUUCACUCUUGUCACUCAUGUCCAGAUCUGCAGUGCCAGCUUCUCCUUCUCAGUGACAUGUCACCUCCCUGCCCCAAUCCUGGCUCCAACCCUCUCUGGAAAAUCGAAGUGAAACAUUUGUCUCUAAUACUCAAAUUCACCAUAUGGCUCAUCUCAUCUACCUUCCCAUUUCCAUGCCUAGAGGCCCCAUCUACCUUCCCAUUUCCAUGCCUAGAGGCCCCACUACUACCACUAGCACCGUUGGGUGUUUCCUUCUCAGGCUCUGAUUCUACAACAUUUACAUUCUUUUCUCACCUUUGAUCCCCUCACUCCUCUGUGACCCCCUUCAAGUCUUCCUUCACCACUCCAGUGUUUUCCCAUACCACUCGACCCUGCUCGAAGGUAUCUUUCCCUGCUCUGUCAUCCUCUUUUAGGCAUGCCUGCUUAAAAUCAGGAGUGCUUAGUCCUUGACCAACAGUCCUGCCUUCUAGAAGAAUGUAAGACCUGAAAGAGUUAUGAAUCUAUCACUAGGCAAAAACUUCUCUUUUCCUAUUGCUGGAUGGUUUUGCUAUUAUUGGUUGGUGGGCCCUUUGCCUGUGGAAUGUAUUUCACUCAUUCUCUCCUGCAUGCUGUUAGGCAGUUCUUUCACCUGCAUGCUUCUCCUUUUACCUUUUUGUCUACCUCAUAGUCCCUCUCUCCCCUCCUUUAAAAGAAUUAUAAAUAUUAGGAAAGCUUGUUGUUAUAAAUUAAAAGUUUACAUAUGUAUCUUGAGUUCUUCAUAGGGGAAGUGUUAUUUUUAAAAAUUCUAAAAAUGAAAUAAAUAUUGUUAUUUUAUUGAGCAUG